AUGAAGAAUGGGGUUGAACAAGUCCAUGUUGUGUACCCAAAAUUUAAAAAUGGAGAGGCAGUUAUUCGGAAUGUGAAAGUGCAGCAAAACUUUGGUAUGUAUAAUGUACUGUAGUUAAUACAAUAUAACAGUGACAAGACUGACUGGUGUUCCAGGACUAUUAAGUUUGUCAUGCCGAUAAGCUCACAUAUUCUAUCAGAAGUUCUUAGAUCUUUGGUUAGGAAGGAUGAUAAAAAUAGUAUAGCAAAAAAAAUUGGGAUACAGAUCUAGCAACCAUUUUUUUACUAAUUUAUAAUUACAUGAUUGUAUUAUUUAUUACAUUGAAGAUUACGUGGAUGAAAUAUAUGACACGAUGGUGGAUGCAAUUGUAAAUAAAAAAUUAGAGAAUGAAGUGAAAGAAAUAAAGAAGGAAACACCACUCCCAAUGAACACAAUGCUUGACAAACAGCCACACAGUGAAGCUAUAAAAAAGAAACAAUCACGGGAAAGCAUGCCAAUUGUUGAUGUGCCACCAACAAAUCCUGGUAGGUUGUGUUUCGUUAUAUGA